AGCUGUUGUUGGAUGUAGGGGUCCCAUUCCCCUUCUCCUUUGUUGAGCCCAUUCCCUGAUAGGGGUUUGAUCACCCUUUACAUCGUUUCUCUGAUCGAUGCUGUCGGAUUUGGUGGUUCAUGGGUUGCAUUAGCUCCAAGAACGUAGAUAAAUCGGCAGCAUCACCCAUUUAUAAACAUCAUCGAACAAAACCCACAUCCACUACAUCCGCCACCGUUGUCGCCACCGCAGAGAAUAGUUCUACUGUGACCAUAGACACUUCGGUAGCGACGCUCGAUCAUGAGAAGAAAGGGGAGGAUAAAUCAGAGGAUCGGAGUCGAGAUAUUAAAAAAUCGAAAAAAGGGAGUUCUCAAGGAGGGAAGGGUUCUUUCAAAUUAGGGUUUUCUCAACGAUACAUUCAAGCUGAGCAGGUUGCUGUUGGCUGGCCUUCUUGGCUCAGUAGUGCGGCCGGUGAGGCCGUUCAUGGAUGGGUGCCUCUUCGUGCUGAUUCCUUUGAGAAGUUGGAGAAGAUUGGACAAGGUACAUACAGCAGUGUGUUUCGUGCUCGAGAAGUUGAGACAGGAAGGAUGGUUGCAUUGAAGAAGGUUCGUUUCGACAAUUUUCAACCGGAGAGCAUUAGGUUUAUGGCAAGGGAAAUCAUGAUUUUGCGUAGGCUUGACCACCCAAACAUCAUGCAAUUAGAAGGCAUAAUUACUUCCAAAAUGUCUAGCAGCAUUUACCUUGUAUUUGAAUACAUGGAACAUGAUCUUGCAGGGUUAGUGUCUAGUCCUGAUGUCAAGUUCAGUGAGGCACAGGUUAAGUGUUAUAUGAGACAGCUUCUAUCUGCAAUUGAACAUUGCCACCUUCGGGGUAUAAUGCAUAGAGACAUUAAAGCAUCUAAUAUUUUGGUAAACAAUGAAGGAAUUCUAAAGUUAGCAGAUUUCGGAUUAGCAAAUGUCAUAAACUCAAGAAACAAGCAAGUGCUAACAAGUCGAGUGGUGACAUUAUGGUAUCGCCCACCUGAGCUACUGAUGGGUUCAACAGAUUACGGAUUAACAGUGGACCUCUGGAGCAUAGGAUGUGUAUUUGCAGAACUGCAUCUGGGAAAACCCUUUCUUAAAGGAAGAACCGAGGUUGAACAAUUGCAUAAGAUAUUCAAACUUUGCGGCUCUCCAUCUGAAGAGUUCUGGAAAAAAACAAAGCUUCCUCAUGCAGCUAUGUUCAGACCCCAACAUGCAUAUGAAAGUUCUCUACAUGAAAAGUGCAAAGAAUUUGCACCCUCCGCAGUUAGCUUAUUAGAAAUUUUUCUUUCCAUUGAACCUUACAAGCGUGGGACUGCCUCAUCUGCUCUCAUGUCUGAGUAUUUCAAGAUGAAGCCAUAUGCUUGUGAUCCAUCUAUCUUACCCAAAUAUCCACCAAACAAAGAAAUGGAUGCCAAAAAUCGUGAAGAUGCACGAAGAAAGAGGGCAAAUGCAAGAGCAAAAGAGACAGGGGCAACACAAAGGCCUAGAAGAGUCCAAAGAAAUUUUCAAGAAUUCAAUAGCCAUAAAGUGCCAAUCAAAGAGAAAGCAGAAGAAAACAUUCAACCUUCUCGGCGGAAUGGCAGCAAUGUUGCGAAUCUUCUUGACGGGACAUCAGAGGCUUCCCAGGCCGCAACUGCACCAAAUCAAAGAGGAGAUAGUGCAUUCACAGCCCCAAUACCAGUCUCAGCAUCUAGUGGCUUUGCUUGGGUAAAGAAACGUAAAGAGGAAGCUACAUCUACAAUAUCAGAUGGUCUUAAGAGCCAAAUAAGUGCUCUGGAUCCAUCUUUUGCAAAUUACACCUUCAAAUUAACAAAAAAACAGAAUGGACACACAAACAUUCCAGUCAGUUCAGGUGCGCAAGACUAUGAAAUUCGAAAGCAACAAAGAAGAAAACAUGAUUUUCCCGAGUUUUUUGAUGCAUCCGAAGCAUACCCAUUCUUGGAUAUGUCCAAUGAACUAUAUCCAAAACUGCCAUCCAACGCUACAACCAAUCUCGACAACAAUGAUACAGAAUCACACAUUGAAUUCUCAGAUCCUCUGUUAACACAACCCCAUAGAAUAGAUGAACUCCUGCAAAAAGAUGAAAUUCACAUUCGACGAGUGGCUCGAAAAUCCAGAUUCGAAAGAGAUAAAUGAUUCGUUCAUUAUCCGAUGCAAUAGUCAGAUGAUAGACGUACAUAUAAAACCAUACUUAGCAGUGGCAAUUCCGAGACCUGCAUCCACAGUGGAGCUCAGAUUGGCAAUUGCAACCCGACAACAAAAACAAGCUAAAAGAAGCAUAAAAAGAAUAAGCUUCUACAAAUAUACAUACAUUUAUUUGAGAUAUUCAGAAAAGUUGAAUGAAAAAUACCGUCGGAUGCAAUUGAUCAAUUUUUUGAAACGUGAUCAUUUAAAAAAAUAUA